AUGGGUGGUGGGUGCAGCCGUGCAUCCGAAACCAAGGUGCAUCCGACUAGCAUCACAAUCGACAUAGAGGAAUAUAACAAGCUCAAGGGGGUCAAUAAUUCGGAACAAAAGCAUGCCAAAGAUCUGCCGACAACCUCCCCGAGCCCCGAGGGGCCCGAGAGGCCCAGCGGCAAAGCGGGACGCGGGCGUGUCGUGAUAAGCUACAGCACCAAGCAGAAUGAUUUCAAGGACCGCGUCGCCGCUUUUUUGACAUCGAAGAACUAUGAAGCUUGGUCAGGGGGCGAAGUCCAGGGGGGCGCAAACGGGAUGACCCAGUGGUUAAAGAAGGUGACAGACACCAACACCAUCGCCAUUGUCUUCAUUCUCUCCAGCGCCUUCUGUCGGAGCCCAGCAUGCAUGAUGGAGUUUCAGUGGGUCAUGCAGAACUGCCAGGACCGGUUGGGCAUUAUCCCCGUAAUGUACGAGACAUUCAUGUUGCCAGGAGAGAUGAGCUUCAUGCUCGCAACCGUCAAUUUCAUCAUCGCUCAGCCCCAGGUGUAG